CCGUGUUGUUGGACUCUCUAGCUCUCUUGCUCAAUAAUGCUGAAUAGUAGAGAUGGUAUAAAAUGCUAUUUAGCCCCCCCAUCUUCUCCACUCCUCCACGAUCGAUCUCAACAUUCUCCCCCAGCCUGCUGCUAAUUCUACAAUUCCGUUACGGGCACGUGUAACUGUAUAGAGCGCCACCUAAGAAUGUGACGCAGACAGACAGAUGGACCGACCCGUAGCGAUAGAAGGAGAGAGCACGGCCGGUGAUCCGUAGGAAGCCUGCCUGCUCGCUGGUGGUACGUUGCCUUCACCGUACGGCUUGGGACUCACGAUCGCUCACUCAGGUGCGCACAGUGGAACGAAGCGGACUCGCCCGUACUGGAGCGUCUCCCGUCGCUUGCAAAUCGAUCUGCUGACGAAGGGUGGAAGGUGUUCAUCGCGAAAGCGCAUCGGUGCAACAGUUGCAAGCAAAUACCGGACCAUUGGAGAGGAACCGUGUAGUGUGUGUGUGUGUGUGUGGCUCGAAUAGCACGAAGCAAACAGAGCGGAAUGAAAGUGAAAUGCGGGACGAUGGUGGACGGCUCGUAGUAGCAGCAGCACUACGCCCACGUGCCGUUCAAUUUUCCAUCCCUUAGGUUCCGCUCCGAGGACCGUGUGUCGUGAUUUAUCGCCCCCCCCCCCCCACCCCUUUCCCCCAUGUCUGAUGGUGUGUUUCUUUUGUGUAUGUGUGUGUAUAGUAUACUAGCGAACUGUCGAGCAGUAUAGCCAAGCUAGUGAUUAUUGGUGCCUGCCGGGUAGUGUUUGUAGCACGGUGUAAGCUUAGUAAGCGCCACGAUGGCACAGCAAAAGUUCUUCUCGGGCUUAACCGAGGGCAUGAUCAAUCGGGCCACCGGUGAGCGGCCGGAUCGACAGAAGACACAGUUCUACUGGCCGGACGAGUACGCACCGGAACCGGAACCUCGAACGCCCUCGAUCAACGGUCGUCCGGUCAGCCGUCGUUCGUCGACCGCCUCCACACCGGAUCGACGCCCGGAGCAACACUCAACCUGGGAACCGGUCACCCGCGACCGUCAUCCCAAGCACGCCGAAUCGCACAUACAGUUCUACGACGGCGUGGGCUCUUCGUUCGGCGAGCACGAGCGCAGCAAGGCGCGCGAGCGGUUCCGGAUCGAGCAGUUCCUGCGCCAACAGUCGGAGGAGGAAACGGGCGAGGCGGCCCGUGCCAAGCGGCUCAGCACGCUACAGUCCAACAUCGAGUUCUACGACUUCUGCACGCCUCCACCCACCGCCAAUGGUGCGGUGCGGCGGCAUCCGGCCGGCCAUACCGGGCGCACGCGAACCGAGUACGGAUGCGGCAGCGAGCACGCCGGGGACGGUUCCGAGCACGAUCCCGGUGAGGAUGAGCUCGAUUUCGACGAUCGCAGCAGCUACCGCUCGAGCCGGUGCUCAUCGUCACGCACGACCCCAACCAGUGGCCACCGCGCCAACCAGCAGUACGGUGCGGAGCUACCCGAACACAAGCGCAACUCGCAGCGGCAUCUGCGGUCCAGCAUCAACUUCCACAACGGGUGUACGAUCGCGGACGAUAGCGAGGACCCGCGAAAACCGAUCACCGUGCGCGAAUCGGCCACAACGCGUGUUGGCGUUGGUUUGCCGAACCUGUAGCAGCUGUAACGGACAACCUUGAAACGACCCCCACGACCGGUACACAAUCACCCAGACGGGCCCCCCCCCCCCCCCCCCCCCGCUAGUUUUGUGGUCUCUGUUCGUGUAUUAACGUAUUCCAUCCAGGUGCGUGGAAUAACACUGUUUGAUGUAUUGUUAAGGGGGAAGUGGGUGGGGGGGGGCACAAGUCUACACACACACACCAUUCAAGCAACACGGUCCACAUGAACGAAUCAAUUGUCGCAGUUUUAAGUAAGGAAAGUGGCAAAAUUCACAUGGCAGGACCCGGGUUCAAAUCCCACCCGGAGCGCUGCGUAAAAUCAGCUCACAGUUCAUUGGCAAACCCCUGUAAAAAAAGCCCCCUGUGUUCCACCCUCCAUGCAGCUCCCUUCCCCCCCCCCCUCCCCCUUCCCCCAAUCCCCGGAAUGACGUCACGUACCUGAAGACGGACAAUGUCGUCGUCCUUCUCAAUGCCAACGUCGCGAACGGCGGCCGAUUUCACCACCACGAUACUGUGCGCUCCACCCGCUGUGGCCGUCCCGGGUCUGCCGCCCCUACCCCGGCCCUCCAGAUUCUGGGUAAGAUGUUGCUGGUAUUGGUGGUGCUGCUGCUGCGACGCCCGGCCCAUAAUGAUCGCACUGUUUGGGCGCGUUUUUGCCUGCUUGGAUUGCUGCUUGUUGCGUAGCUUUGGUGAAUCUGAAGCCGAGAAUAAAUAUCUUUAGUUGGUUGUACGGGACGGGGUGGCGGGACGGGGCUACUUA